UCGCUUGGGAUUGAGAAUGAACCCUUCCACAAAAUCCCAGAACUUUUCAGAUUUUGACCCAUGUGACAAUCGACAUGAUAUGGUAGAGGUUGUUGUUGAAAAUAACGUCAUUCCUCCGCCACCCGACUCUCAGGAUCCGUGUAAUACUCAAUGCAAUACCACCACAGAGGAGGGCAAGGAAAAACAGGAUGGAAGAGGUUGCGGGGAUGAAAUGGUUAAGUGGAUGGUAAAAUCUGCAAUAAAUACAAGUCUCCGUCACUCAGCACUGAACGGUGAUUGGAAAACGGCAGAAUCAAUAAUCAAAAAGUACUCAUUGAAACUAAGUGAUCCUAUAACGAGAAACGAAGAAACCAUUCUUCACAUUUCUGCAGCAACCGAGCACAUAGAUUUCGUAAAGAAGUUGAUCGGGAAAAUGAGGCCAGAUGAGUUGAGCUUAAAGAAUAAAAAUGGACAUACAGCCCUUUGUUUCGCAGCUGAAGAAGGGAGUGAAAGAAUUGCCAAGUUGUUAGUGGAAAAGAACGAAAAUCUUCCACUUAUUCGUGGAGAUGAAAAUAUAACUCCACUUUACAUUGCAGUAUCGUAUAGACGUGAAAAAAUGGCUUCUUAUCUCUUGUCUGUCACCAAACUCAAUCAACUAAACGAUGAAGAGAAGACUCUGCUUCUCAUUGCUGCCAUACACAGCGACUUUUACGGUGUAGGUUUGAACAUUCUGAAAGAAAAUCCAAAGUUAGCAACUAUGAGGAACGGGAAGAAUAAUGAUGAGACUGCUUUGCAUGUCUUAGCUAGAAAGCCAUCGGAAAUAUUCCGAAGUCGACGUGAGAUUAACUUUUGGAAAAAGUGCAUCAGCUAUGGAACCUGCAACAAAGAUGAUGCAAAAACAUUAGCUCGUCAGUUAGUGAUUUCUCUAUGGGAACAUGUUCUACGAGAUUUGGAUGAAAAGGAGACACUGGCCUUCAUCAAACAUCCCACAGGAUUGCUUCAUGAUGCUGCAAGAGCAGGAAAUGUGGAGUUUUUGAUUUUACUUAUUGGCUCAUAUCCUGAUAUUGUAUGGGAAGAAGAUGAUGACAAAAAAAGCAUAUUUCACAUAGCAGUCGAAAAUCGACUCGAGAAUGUCUUCAAUCUAAUCCAUGAGAUUAGUGGACCAAGAGAUUUCUCAACAAGAUAUACAACAACUACCAAAGGAAAUUACAACAUGUUACAUUUAGCUGCAAAACUGCCUGCUUUAAACCAUCUUAAUAGAGUUUCAGGACCUGCCCUUCAAAUGCAACGUGAAUUGCUUUGGUUUAAGGAAGUAGAAAAAAUUGUUUUGCCUUGCCAACUUGAAGCCAAAUGUAAUGAUGGCUCUAUUCAGUUAACCCCACGUGAGUUAUUCACCAAGGAACAUGCGGAGCUUCGAAAACAUGGCGAGGAAUGGAUGAAGAACACAGCAAAUUCAUGUAUGCUUGUAGCAACUCUAAUCGCGACAGUAGUUUUUGCAGCAGCAUUUACAGUUCCUGGUGGAAAUGAUGAUAAAACAGGGGAUCCGACUUUGCAAACGAAGAGUUGGUUUGCUGUUUUCGUGAUAUCGGAUGCGGUCGCUUUGCUAUCGUCAUCAACUUCUAUUUUGAUGUUCUUGUCGAUCCUAACUUCGCGCUAUGGAGAAGACGAUUUCUUGAAGUCAUUACCCUCGAAAUUGCUGUCUGGACUUGUGUUAUUGUUCAUCUCCAUUGUGUGCAUGGUUGUGGCAUUCAGUGCUACUUUCUUUUUGCUCUAUCGUGACCCUUCUAAUAUUUGGCUUCCAAUGACCAUUGCUACAAUGGCGAUUAUUCCAGUUAGCUGUUUUUGGGGACUUCAAUUUAAACUCUCCAUCGAUACGUUUCACAACACCUACUUGUUUAGAUCUAUUUUCAAGCCACGUAGACGUAAAUUGUCCUCAUUGUUUACCUCUGAAAUUGUGGAUUACUAUCGUGAGAGGAAAAAGAAAAUGUAGACAAAAUGCUAUUUU